AUGUUCAUCAACCGCUGACUAUUUUCAACUAACCACAAAGACAUCGGCACUCUGUACCUCCUAUUCGGCGCUUGAGCUGGAAUAGUAGGAACUGCCCUAAGCCUCCUAAUCCGUGCUGAAUUAGGCCAACCUGGGACCCUACUAGGAGAUGAUCAGAUCUACAAUGUCAUUGUAACCGCCCAUGCAUUCGUAAUAAUUUUCUUUAUGGUCAUACCCAUUAUAAUCGGAGGAUUCGGAAACUGAUUAGUCCCCCUGAUAAUUGGAGCACCUGAUAUAGCUUUCCCCCGAAUAAACAACAUAAGCUUCUGAUUACUUCCCCCAUCAUUCCUACUUCUUCUCGCUUCCUCAAUAAUUGAAGCAGGUGCCGGAACAGGCUGAACCGUAUAUCCUCCUCUAGCUGGAAAUCUGGCGCAUGCAGGAGCCUCUGUUGACUUAACCAUUUUCUCUCUCCACCUAGCUGGGGUGUCCUCGAUUUUAGGUGCCAUCAACUUUAUUACCACAAUCAUUAACAUAAAACCACCAGCCCUAUCCCAAUAUCAAACCCCCCUAUUCGUUUGAUCUGUCCUUAUUACGGCAGUACUCCUUCUCCUAGCCCUCCCGGUCCUAGCAGCAGGCAUUACCAUGCUUCUCACAGACCGUAACCUGAACACUACUUUCUUCGACCCCGCAGGAGGAGGGGAUCCAAUCCUUUAUCAACACCUAUUCUGAUUCUUCGGACACCCCGAAGUCUAUAUUCUUAUCCUACCAGGCUUCGGUAUAAUCUCACACAUCGUCACAUACUACUCAGGUAAAAAGGAACCUUUUGGCUACAUGGGUAUAGUGUGAGCUAUAAUAUCCAUUGGCUUUCUAGGCUUCAUCGUAUGGGCUCACCACAUGUUUACAGUAGGGAUAGACGUUGACACACGAGCAUACUUCACAUCAGCUACCAUAAUCAUCGCUAUCCCUACUGGUGUAAAAGUAUUCAGCUGACUAGCCACCCUGCACGGAGGAAAUAUCAAAUGAUCUCCAGCUAUACUCUGAGCUCUAGGCUUCAUCUUCUUAUUCACAGUAGGAGGUCUAACAGGAAUCGUCCUAGCUAACUCAUCCCUAGAUAUUGUUCUCCACGAUACUUAUUAUGUAGUAGCACAUUUCCAUUAUGUCCUGUCUAUAGGAGCAGUCUUCGCCAUUAUGGGGGGAUUUGUACACUGAUUCCCUCUAUUCUCAGGAUACACACUCAACCAAACCUGAGCAAAAAUCCACUUUACAAUUAUAUUCGUAGGGGUAAAUAUAACCUUCUUCCCACAACAUUUCCUUGGCCUCUCAGGAAUGCCACGACGCUAUUCUGAUUAUCCAGACGCAUAUACAACAUGAAAUACCAUCUCAUCCAUAGGAUCUUUUAUCUCACUUACAGCAGUGAUACUAAUAAUUUUCAUAAUUUGAGAAGCGUUCGCAUCCAAACGAGAAGUGUCUACAGUAGAAUUAACCUCAACUAAUCUGGAAUGACUACACGGAUGCCCCCCACCAUACCACACAUUUGAAGAACCCACCUACGUAAACCUAAAAUAA